ACGGAGGAAGGCCCAGAGGCCGGGCGGCGAUGGCGGCCUCCUGCGCGGAGAUCCUGCGGAGGGAGUUCCCGGAACUCGACGGGGAGAUGUUCGACUACGUGACCGUACUCCGAAGAACCUGGUGUGGAGGACAGUCUGCCUCUUAGAAGCAUAAGAAGUUGCCUUCUACUGAGUCAGACUAUUGGUCCAUCUAGCUCAAUAUUGUCUACACUGACAGGCAGCAGCAGGAGUCUUCCUCAGCCCUACCUGGAGAUGCAGCCAGGGAUUAAACAAGAGACCUUCUGCAUGCAAAGCAGAUGCUCGACCACUGGGCUACGGCCUUCUGCAGUGGGGUUCUGCAUAGCGGCGGCUCAGACUUUGAGUCGGUGGACGAUCUGUUUGAGGCCGUUGGAGAGCUCUUGCAAGAUGUGUCCAGAGACUCCAAAGAUGACGAUGACAUCCGUGCAAUCUGCCAGCGGAUGUACAACACCCUUCAUAUGGAAAGUGAAGAUCCCCAGAGAAACAGGCAGGUGCUCCUGGAUGCCCCAAUUCAGAUUUCUAAGAUCACAGACGCUUAUGAUUCUAGCUUGGAGCUGCUGCCAGGGUUGCUGCUGAAGAGAGACCAAACCUCGCUGGUGAAUGCCAAGAAGCUGGAGAAAGCAGAGGCUCGCCUCAAAGCCAAGCAGAACAAGAAGCAGGAGCGAGACUCCGUGAAGUCUGGCAACCCAUUGGUUCUUGAAGAGGCGUCCGCCAGCCAAGCUGCCAGCAAGAAGGAGACCCGUCUAGAGACGUCUGGCAAGAACAAGUCCUAUGAUGUGCGCAUUGAAAACUUCGACGUGUCCUUCGGUGAGCGUGUCCUCCUCACGGGUGCAGACUUGAACCUGGCGUAUGGCAGGCGGUACGGCCUGGUGGGCCGGAACGGGUUAGGCAAAACAACCUUGUUGAAGAUGAUGGCCAGCCGUAGCCUGCGCAUCCCCUCGCACAUCAGCAUCCUCCAUGUAGAGCAGGAAGUGGCAGGUGAUGACACGCCAGCCCUGCAGAGUGUGCUGGAGUGCGACACCACCCGCGAGAGCCUGCUGAAGGAGGAGAAGGAUCUGACUGCCCGGGUCAACUCUGGAAGGGGAGAAGGCACUGAAGGUCCCAGGCUGUCAGAAAUCUACGCCAGACUGGAAGAGAUUGAGUCGGACAAGGCCCCAGCGAGGGCAUCUGUUAUUCUGGCUGGGCUGGGAUUCAGUGCAAAAAUGCAGCAACAGACAACCAAAGAGUUUUCGGGAGGCUGGAGGAUGAGGCUGGCUUUAGCUCGUGCUCUCUUCGCCAGACCUGACCUUCUCCUGCUUGAUGAGCCAACCAACAUGCUGGACGUGAGAGCGAUCAUCUGGCUGGAGAACUAUCUGCAGACCUGGCAGUCCACCAUCCUGGUGGUUUCCCACGACCGGAACUUCCUGAAUGCCGUGGCCACUGAUGUCAUCCACCUGCAUUCACAACGGCUCGACAGCUACCGGGGCGACUUUGAGAACUUCGUCAAGAUCAAGGAAGAGCGACUGAAGAACCAGCAGCGUGAAUAUGAGGCCCAGCAGCAAUACCGGGAGCACAUUCAGGUCUUUAUUGAUCGAUUCCGUUAUAAUGCAAAUCGGGCAUCUCAAGUACAAAGCAAACUCAAAUUGCUGGAGAAGCUGCCAAAACUGAAACCCGUGGACAAGGACAGUGAGGUGAUAAUUAAGUUCCCAGAUGGCUUUGAGAAGUUUUCUCCUCCCAUCUUGCAGCUAGAUGAAGUGGACUUUUACUAUGAGCCCGGCAAUGACAUCUUCCGUUCCCUUUCUGUUUCUGCCGACCUGGAGUCCCGCAUAUGUGUGGUAGGAGAGAAUGGAGCUGGAAAGUCCACUAUGUUGAAGAUCCUGAUGGGAGACCUGGCACCUGUGCAGGGGAUUAGGCAUGCUCACAGGAACCUUAAGAUUGGCUAUUUCAGUCAGCAUCAUGUGGAUCAGCUGGAUCUGGACAUCAGUGCCACAGAGUUACUAGCAAAGAGGUUCCCAGGGAAGACAGAGGAGGAGUACCGUCACCAGCUGGGGUGCUAUGGCAUCUCCGGAGAGCUAGCAGUCCGCCCAGUUGCCAGCCUGUCUGGAGGCCAGAAGAGCAGGGUGGCCUUUGCCCAAAUGACCAUGUCCUGCCCCAAUUUCUACAUUCUGGAUGAACCAACGAAUCACCUUGACAUGGAGACCAUUGAGGCUCUGGCAAAGGCACUCAACAAAUUUCGGGGCGGUUUGAUCCUAGUUUCCCACGACGAGCGCUUCAUCCGGCUGGUGUGCCAAGAGCUGUGGGUGUGUGGGGAUGGCAGCGUGCAACGCAUCGAGGGAGGCUUUGAUGAGUACAGAAGCAUCCUGCAGGAGCAGUUCCGGAAGGAGGGCUUUCUAUAAAGUGGGUGCCUGGACUGUGUGCGUGAGCUGGCUGAGAGCAGAGUAGGCCGUACAGCAGCCCUCAUCCGACGUGGUGGUGCAGCAGGGACUUCACCUACAUCAUGUGAACAUUCUCUGUGCAAUCUCCUGUGGGGUUGACCUUCUCCCUCAGGGUACCUGCUGGGGGUUGUGGAGGGGAGUAGGAGGCAGAAAGUGAACAGAAUUGCACUCUCUGCUGCUGGGUUUGUGCCAAGUCUCUGCUGGGCAGGGGCCAGAGGCCAGCAAAGAGAGAGGCGGGGAGUGUCCAGUGCUGCUCUAGUGGCAGGGAGUGUGGGGUGUGUGGUUAUGGGGAUCUGCUGCAAGCAGUUCCUUCUCUCUUUCCACCUGUCCAUCAUAGGGCUGAACCUGCUGCUGUCACGUUCCAUGAUCACAGAGGAGGUUUCGGGGUGCAAAUGCUGCUAGGUGUCACACAUUGAGUAGCUUCUUCAAAGGAGGCGGAGCUCCAAACCCAGCUUUGGAAUAGUUGGGGUGAGGGUUUGUCCUCCUCCCCGCCGUGGCAAAGAGGUGCCGCCUCUUCAUGUGCCUGUCAAACACACAAGCCAGAUCCUCUUAUGAAAGCAUUUCUCUCUUCAUUGUUUAGCCUUAAAUUGCCCCUUUUCCCCUGCUCAGAUGAUACUUUUGUAUUUUGUGUCCUCCUUCCCCUUCACCCUGGGCUGUGACCUUGGAAGGGGAAAGCAUUAUGUAAGCCAAAGUGCUCUGAUGGGUGAGUGGUGGAAGCACAGCAGCCAGUGCCACCGUCUGCCAGGAAGUGGCCAUCUUAGCUCUCCUGUUGGGGACUUAGGUCUAUAGCUUCUGCAGGAGCUAAUGGUCCACAUACCGCCUCUGGUCUCUGAGCUUUUAAAGGUCUAAACUCCAUACAGGACUAAGUUCUGUGCCAGCUAACGCACUAUGUCUUGGAAUAAUAAUAAUUUUGAAAAAUGGUUUCUGUUGCAAGCUAAACUUUCAAGCACCUGAGUGAAGCUCCGUUCAUCAGCAUUGAGGCUGCUGUGUAAAUAAAAUGGGAUCUCUCUGG